GCAUCGCCGUUCCUCCCGUCCCGUCCAGGCCGCGCGGGCCCCAGUGAGGGAGUUUUGGGUGCACGGUGAGGCUUGGCAGUGCGGCCUAGAGGGGCCAAGUCUCUACCUGCCCAGUCCGUGGUACAAAACAAAGCCACUCCUUUCAGCUACUCUGGGCAGAUGUAGCUGUGAGCAGGAGCUCCCUUUCCUGGAAAGUCUGUUGUCAUGGGAUGUUCCAUUACGACUGAGGCACUGAACUUCUGACCGCAGAACCCCUGCAGCUGGCUGGUCUGGGGGAGACACUCCGGGACGCCAGCUCCCCACGUCACCCAUGGCGGAGAAGAGCACCCUUCAGACGCUGGUCUCCUCCAUCCACAGCGAAGAUCUCUUGAGUGACAUGGAGCUUCUGCCAGGCUCGGACCCCGCAACCCCGCUGCAGCAGGUCCCUUCCUCUCAGGCAGCCACUCCGUACACCUCCAAGGUGACAGCUCAGCUCUACACGUCGCUCCAUCAGAGCCGGCGGGCUGAGGCCCAGGCCCGAGCUCACCUGGAGAGCCAGCACGGCCUGGGCCUGGGCCUGGGCCUGGCCGGGGAAGCGGAGGCCUCUGAGGUGGACCUGGAUACUCUGGCCGAGGAGCUGAACCACCAGCUCUCCACCAGCGUGGAGGCCAGCUCCUACAGGAAGGCUGCUGCUGUGGAGUCCCGCCACAUCAUGGAGAUGCAGAGUGUGCGCAGUCACCUGCAGAGCAUGCUGAGGUCCGGGGAUCUGGACCAGGGCCCACCUGCCAGUGGAAUGCGCCCCCCCAAGAGCAUCUUCAGAAAGGAACUUGGCCCUCGGACUGAAGCAGGGGAUGCCACGGCUCUGGGGACCUUUGAGCGGAAGGAUGACGACUCCUUUGAGAGCGACAGCACAACCGCUCUGCUCACCGCCCGGCCGCUGCAGGAGCUGUCCCCUCCCGGCUCCCUGGCGGGCUUCGAGGAGCUCUUUCCCCGCUACACCAGCCUGCGGCUGGGCCGAGUCCACGAGCAGCCGUCGUACACCAGCCCCUACCUGCUGAAGGAAUCUCUGGACAAGGAGCGGGCCCGGCGGAAGCACUGCGAGCGCCAGAUCCAGAGUUUGCAGCACCGCAUCUUGGAGCUGCAGCAGCAGCUGGCCGUCGCCACCUCCGCCGACAAGAAGAAGGACUGCAUGAUCGAGCAGCUGGAUAAGACCCUGGCCAAAGUGGUGGAGGGCUGGAACCGCCAUGAGGCUGAGCGGACGGCAGCACUGCAUCGCCUGCAGGCGGAGAAGGAGGCAGCGGAACAGGCGCUGGGCAAGCAGAAGGAGAAAAUCUCCGAGACAGAAGGGCGCCUUGAGCAGGCCUUGUCGGCCCUCGGCCAGGAGCAGCAAGCAGCCCACCUGCAUUGCAAAGGAAAGGAGGCCCUGGAGGAGGAGAAGGCGUCGCUGUCGUGCAGCCUGGAGGCGGAGCGGCGUCGUGUGCGCAGCCUGGAGGCCGAGCUGGACCUGGAGCACCGCCAGCAGGAGACGCUGAGGGCCGCGCUGGAGGAGCAGCAGAGGGGCUGGGCCCAGCGCGAGAGGCAGCUGGAGCAGCAGCGCCAGGCCCUGGAGGAGGAGGGCCGUGCCCAGCUCGGCAGGGAGAAGGAGGCGAGCCAGCGGGAAGCUCAGAAGGCCGCCGACGCUCAGCGAGCCCUGGCCUCCCUGCAGGCCGAAAUGCAGGGCCUGCAGGCCGAGCUGGAGGCCGUGCGCCGCGAGAGGGACAGCCUGAAGGUGGAGAUGAGCCUGGUGAAGGCGCGUCAUGAAGCGCAGAAGGUCAACCUGGAAUCGGAGCUGAAGGUGGCGCUUGAGCAGCGGGUGACGGAGCGCCUGGCCGAGGUUCACGAGGACACCCUGCGCCAGAUGAGUGCCAUGCGGGAGCAGCACAGGAAGCAGCUGCUGGAGCUCAGUAGCCACCACGAGAAGGAGUUGGCCGCCCAGCUGACCCAGUUCAAAUCCGACCUGGCCGAGAGGGAGGGGCGGCAGCGGAGCCUCACUGAGGACUACGAGCACAGGCUGGGCAAACAGCAGGAGGAGAUGCAGGAGCUGCAGGCCAGGUACCGGCGGCUGGAGGCCCAGCGAGCCGAGAUGGUGAGCCAGUUCCAGGCCAUGAUGCAGGCGCACUGGAACGAGGCCCUGCGCCUCUUGGCGGGCAGCAGCGGCUCCCCCCAGCUUUGCAGCAAGGCUCAGGAGCGCGUCAUGCCCCCCGACCCGGACCCCGCUUCUGACCUGGAGUCCCCACAGCCUUCGGACUCCCUGAGGAAGACUCAGCCGGUGGAGGCUCUUGGGAGCAGCCAGGGCGCUGGGGACUGUGGGGGGGCUGUGUGGACCACGGCCGCCCCCCUUCUGCCCCCUCCUGCUCAGCAUAACGCCCUGCGGGCGGCUUUCACGGUGCCCGAAAAGUCCGCCCAGGACCCCUGCCGGCCCUUUCUCCCCUUGCUGCCCGACCCGGGGCGGGUCUCGUCGGAGUUCAGCCGCGUGCUCAACUGCAGCCUCCUCAGCCAGCAGGGCUUCCAGCCGCUGGACCCGCAGGUGGACGCCGCGGUCACCGGUGCAGGUCUGACUUUCCACCCCGAGAACCUCGCGGAGCACCCCUUCACUGACGAGGCGGACGAGGCCGGCAUGGAAGGGGCGGCCGAUGAAGGGGGAGCCCUGCAGUCCAGAAGCCUGGAGAGCGAGGGGCAGGGGCCGGUGCCCCAGCCGGACCCACAUUACUACUUGCGCCUGCUCUGCGAGCGCUCUGUCUGCGACAGCUUUGCUCAGCGGCAGGACGAGGGGCCCCCAGACAGCCCGCCCCAGGCCACCCAUCAGACGCAGCUGGGCACGUCUUACCACGAGCGGUCCACCGCCCUCUGGGAUCCGGCACAGCCGCCGCUCAGCACCAUCCGCAUCCAGCCACCCAGCAGCUCCGCCGUCCACAAAAGCAAGGUCUCCUUGCCCAGAGCUGGGCUGGCCCACUCGAACCCGGACGCGUCCAGCCCUCCCCGGCAGAACCCCGCCCGGGAGGAGGGGGUCCUCUCCCCCAGGCAGGUGGCCGAAGUUUCACGCCUGCUGAAGCAGUACCAGGCCAAGGGGAGGCCUGUGCCUUCGCCUGAGGAGCUGUACAGAUACUUGCGUGGGAUCGGCGCGCACGGGGCAGAAACCAAAAGCGACGGGAAUCUGCAGACGCGCCGGAACCUCGAUUCCAAGCUGGUGGAAGCCAUGCGGAAGGAGGUGGCCCCCGCCCGCCGCAUGGGCAUCUCAGGGCUGCCACGGGAGAAGGCCCCUGCCAAAGCCGGGAAGAAGCCUGGAGGUGUCCCGGCCUCCAAUCCUCGCACCAGCCGAGGAGGAACGGUCUGGAGAUGACCUUCUGCAGUCGGUCUGCUUCCUUCUGAAGCCGGCCAGCCUCCUCUUCCAGGCCACGAGCGCCUGGGCACACCUGCCUGUGAGCUCCGCGCAGGGAUGAAAGCACCUCCUUCCACCUCCCGUUUCACCUGCAACGAUUUUCUCCCACAUGGAGCCUCACAUUCUGCUUUUCCAGAAAGGGAGGACUGAGCUCAUGCAGGCAGGAUUGGUCGUUUUUUGUCUUUCUGCAUUUGGCUUAAAUCCUUCUGUGCCGAGACGUGGGGUGGCAGCAACCGCAGCCCUUAAAAAGAAUCCCUUACAAGAGUCACACAGCGGAGACCCCCGCCAUCCCCUGUGCUCCGAGGGGUCCGUCAGAGCGGCCGUUCCCUUCAGCAGAAAACAAGCCUCGUUGCUUCUCGGAUAACCUGGCUGUAAACGGGCACUUGGGAGUAUUUCCGGGGUGAAGUUGUGAGAUGUCCCUCACUAUCUUGCCAAAACCGGCUGUGCCUUCUCCACCGAAAGCUCCGCCUUCUGAUGGUUGUGAGCACUGAGUGUGCUGUUUUAGACACACUUGGAUUUGCUGUACCAAUUUGCUCUUCCUUGCACAGUUAAUUAUUUUUAUACCAUUGUUUUCCAAAUAAAUGAAUGUUGAUUUAUUUUUAGGCAAUGGGUUCACCCCCCACUGGCUGUUGGCUUCUCUCUUCCCUCCUCUCUGUUCUGCUUUCUACAGUCGUUGGAACACGUAAAAACAUCUGCAGAGACUUUCCUUUGUUCUUCUCCAGACAGAUCUCUACUGUCUUCCUGGGAAAAAUUGGUCUGUUGGGGUGGGGGUUUUAAAGAACUGCCUCUCUUCCCAUGGGCACAGUGCCAGUGGAAAUCCUUCAAGUGUCUCCCCCAAAAUAUGGGGCACAGAAGAGAAGAAAGACAAAGAUGCUGGUGUUUUGCUCAGCUCUCUGGCUGUAUGAGAACCUCGGCCACCAGCAGCUCUGGCCCAGGCUCACACUGGCACACGGUUUCCCCCAGCGGGUUCCUAACUCGCUUGCGCUCGCCUUGUCGCACGCUGCAAGCGGGUGUGAGAUUGCAUAUGUGCCCCAUGUGCUCUGAGCCCAGCCCUUGUCCUGGUCCCCUUCAAAUCAAGCUCUCAUUCCACCCAUUCUCCAUAGGAACAAGCCCACCCAGCUCUUCAAAUCAUAUCCAAUUUAGCCAGAAUAAAAGACAUGCUUUACUUCAGACC